GCUGCCAACUGAAGUAGUAUAUGAUAUUGAAUUGUAGGGCCAGUUAGACUAGACUUGACUGGAGUUAGAGUCAAGAGGCAUCCGAUGUAAACAAAACAUUCUCCCAGUGACAAUACUAUCAAUAGAUUGAUCUUAUAUCUAAAAUUUCUGGCCAAAUAUGUCAGACAGCAAAACAGCCUUACUGUCCGGCUCUAGACCAACUGCUCCUCCUCCAGUAGCGAACAGUUCUGAAGUUACAGAUGAAGCUGUUUAUCAUGACAGUGCACAAUCACCAACAUCGAGGUUUCUCCAGAUUCUGUUUGUGGGACUUGUUGUUGUUAUGGUUCUGGUGAGCAUCUCAUUAUCCAUCUACAGAGGAAGUGAUGUCAAAGAAAAUGGAGGGAUGUACUUCAUGUUGGCCAUUAGUUUAGUAGGUUUUGCUUUAGUGGAGAUCAUAAUGAUUAUUUUUACCAGACGUGGAGAUCUUCCAAAAGGAAAAACUUGGUUUCUUUAUUUUGUGGGAUUUUGUAUCAUGCUGGAGUCCAUUUUCACUGAUGUUCUUGUGUUUGAUUAAUGUUACAUAUUUAUUAUAGUGUCGAAUAGCACUAGCUAAAUAUUUUUGCCUAUGUUUUGUUAUUUAUAUCUGAAUAACAUUUUUUAUUAUGUGCCAAUGUUCUUAUUUAAAGCUAUUUCAUGUUCAGUUUACUGAAAGAUAUGUUAAUUUAUAAAUGAUCAAUGUUUUUAGGGACUAAUAUUUCUUGUUUCCAAUAUGAGGAUAAACUGUACAUAAAUAAAAUCUGCAAACAUAAAUUCUAAAUGUAAUGAUAUAUACACAUUCAAUUGAAUAAAUAUGUUUCAUUGUCACAAUGUUUAAACAAAUUUAAUUGCAUAAUUAAAAUAUUAAGUUCACAUUGUUCAUCUCAAAAUACAGUUUUUAUGUAACACAUUUUACAAGAUGAACUUGGUUUAGUAUGACGUCACUAGUCAUUUGUUAUAAAUGAAGUUGACUAUUGUUAGAUCUCUCUCUGUCACUGGAAAAGAUUCAGUUAUUUCAAAUGCCCUUGCUGCAUUUAUAAAGACAACUAGAAACUAUUUAUAUUGAGAACAUGUGUACUCUUGAAUUCUUGAAGAAAUGAAAUGAACUUUUUAUCAUUAUUUUUAUUCUAUGAAAAUCCAUGCAAUUCCAAUGUCUCAAGCUAGCACAAUAACAGUUGUUAUCCAGACAAGCUUUGUAGUCUUCAGACAUUGACAAAAUUGAAAAAUAAUCUUUCUUUUCAAGCCAUUGAGUAACUUGUAAUUGUAGUAUUUUAAUCUUUUAGGGUUCAUUUACCUUGUUUGCCAUAGAUAUGCUUAUACAUGUUGAGUAAUUGUUUCUAUAAUUACUUUUUAAAUUUUGUUUGGACAUUUUAGUUCAAUAUGUGUUCAAGCAAAUCUACAAUAGAUGCAAAAUGUUUCAUUACCAUCAAGUGGAGUUCCAUCAGGAAACAAAAUGAUUCCAUCAAAUCUGUUUUUCUAUAUAUGUGACAGCUCUUGAAUUUAUAUACAAUAUUACAAAAAAAAAACAACAAAUAAUUGAACUCUUGAUGUGUACUGUCUUACAGAUGAUUUGUAGAAUUAUGAUUUUAAUAUUUUCUUUUUCUCUAGAUUUACUAAUGUUGACUAGAUCUAAAAAAAAAAAAAAAAAAAAAAGUAAUAAUUUGUUUCAUUUGUUGUUUUAAUUAUUGUACAAAAAUGUUGCUGUAAAACUCACAAUUCCUUUAGCUCUAAUGAAUCUAUUUCUUUGAUCAGCUCAAAGUUUUUUCAUUCUUGACAUAUUUCCAAGUACAAGCUUAAUGGUCUAUUGAACUAUACGUGUUUUACAUUUCUCUGUACACAUCACAAGGCCAAGUACAAGCACAAUGGUCUAUUGAAAUAUACGUGUUUUACAUUUCUCUGUACACAUCACAAGGCCAAGUACACAAACACCUUGUUAUGGAGUGUUUGUGGCUGAGUGUCAUAAACCACUUAGCUCCCUAAGAGAGGGCUCAAGUUCAAAUCCUGAUGUAGAUACUAAGAUUAUUUACAAUGGAUUUUUUGAACCAGCUGAGUUGUGCUUGCUGAGUACCCAAAGGCAGCAUGGAAACUAUUUCACAGAUACUCUCUAGCCCUAGAAGUCCACGUCUUUUGUCUACACUUGAGCUAAAUUUGUUCUUCUAACAAUAGCUGAUGAAUCUUGAAAUUUCAAGCUGAUACAAUUUAUAAAGAAGCUCAAUACAAUAUUUCAGGACUCUUGCAGGAAACAACAUUGAUUAAGGGGUCUGCAUUUUAAGACAUUCAUUUUCGAAGCUUUCUUAACUAUGCAACAAUAAUGUUACUAACAGUUCUGAUAUGUAAUAUGUACUUUUUUAAGGAUAUUUAUUUGUUGAUGUUUCUGGUACAGAUACUGUAUAGUAUAUAAAUUUUGGAUUAAUUUUUUUCUUUGUAAACUUUUUUUAUAUUGUUAUAGGAAUGGUGUGUGAUACAAAUUUGUAUAUGUAUUUCUGUUUUUAAAUAUUUUUUGUAUGGAAAAAUGUGAAAUAAAUACUCUUUUAAAAAUUAAAA